UUUCUUUCUUUUCUCUCUCUUUCUUUUUCAGACAUCUACAUUACCCUCCUAAACAUAACUCCAACCUCAUUAAUCUCCUCUAUAAAUAAAACCAAGAUGCCCCGUCCCACCACCCGUAGAGAGGUCCUCGACCGUCUCCGCAAAACCAUCGCCGACGGGAAAAUCAUCGUCGGCGCGGGCGCCGGGAUUGGUCUCACAGCCAAAUUCAUCGAAAAGGGCGGUGCAGACCUCAUCCUGGUCUAUAACUCAGGCCGUUUUCGCAUGGCCGGCCGGGGUUCAUUGGCAGGAAUGAUGCCCUACUCGGACGCCAAUCAGAUCGUGGUUGAAAUGGCCUCGGAAGUCCUCCCCAUCGUCCAAAACACCCCCGUCCUCGCCGGCGUCUGCGGCACCGACCCCUUCCGCGACAUGCGCACCUUCCUGACUGAACUCCGCCGCCUGGGCUUUGUUGGCGUCCAGAACUUCCCCACCGUCGGGCUUAUCGACGGCAAAUUCCGCCAGAACCUCGAGGAAACGGGCAUGGGGUACGACCGCGAGGUGGAGAUGAUUCGGAUUGCGCACGAGCUGGAUCUCGUUACGACGCCGUAUGCGUUUACCGUGGAUGAGGGGGAGCGGAUGGCGCGCGCGGGUGCGGAUGUGAUUGUCGUGCAUGUGGGGUUGACGACGUCCGGGACGAUUGGGGCGCAGACGGCGCUGUCGUUGGAUGAUUGUGUGCGGGUUGUGCAGGAGAUUAGGGAUGCUGUUGUCAAGAUCAAUCCGGAGGCUAUUGUGUUGUGUCAUGGGGGACCGUUGGCGGGGCCUGAGGAUGCGCAGUAUGUAUUGAGUCGGACAAAGGGGGUGCAUGGGUUUUAUGGGGCAAGUAGUAUGGAGCGGUUGCCAGUUGAGACGGCGAUUCAGGAGAAUGCGGAGGCCUUUAAGAAGUUGAAGGUUAAUGUUUAAUGUCGGAAGAUAAGGUAGUGUGAUAGUAUGAGUGGAUGAUUGAAUGAGUACGAUUGAAU